AUGUCACCUGCAGAAGAAAAGAGCUUGUCUCUUCCAGAGAGAUGGCCCCGAGUCAGCAAAUUCGCUCUGUCAGCCUGCGCAGCGGCUGUGGCAGAACUAGUGACGUUUCCCCUGGACCUCACAAAAACACGACUGCAGGUGCAAGGUGAAGCUGCUGUUCGUCGCAGCAGAGCAGCUGGUGGCCAGGCGGUCCCUUACCGGGGCAUGCUGCGCACCGCGGCCGGCAUCGUGCGAGAGGAGGGCUUACAAAAGCUCUGGCAAGGAGCCACACCGGCCGUGUACCGCCACAUAGUGUACUCCGGGGUUCGGAUGGUUGCGUACGAACAUCUCCGUGACUCCGUGCUUGGCAGAGCUGAGGAUGAAAGCUUUCCUUUCUGGAAAGCUGUGGUUGGAGGCAUGUCUGCAGGUGCCAUUGGACAGUUUUUCGCCAGCCCAACUGAUCUGGUGAAGGUGCAGAUGCAGAUGGAAGGAAAAAGGAAGUUGGAAGGAAAGCCAUUACGGUUUCGAGGAGUGCACCACGCAUUCGUGAAGAUCCUCUCCGAAGGAGGAAUUCGGGGGCUUUGGGCUGGAUGGGUGCCAAAUGUCCAGAGAGCUGCCCUGGUGAACAUGGGAGAUCUGACCGCUUACGACUCGGUGAAGCACUUUUUGCUUCUGAACACGCCGCUUGUUGACAAUAGUGUGACCCACAGCGUUGCCAGUUGCUGUUCUGGCUUGGUGGCUGCUGUUCUGGGAACUCCUGCUGACGUGGUCAAAACCCGGAUAAUGAACCAGCCGAGAGAUAAGCAAGGAAGAGGUCUGCUCUACAAGUCUUCCAUGGACUGCUUGAAUCAAACUGUCCAGGGUGAAGGGUUUUUGUCUCUCUACAAAGGCUUUAUACCAACCUGGAUGCGAAUGGCUCCUUGGUCUCUGGUAUUCUGGCUUACGUACGAACAAAUCAGAAGGAUCUGUGGAGUUAGUUCUUUUUAA